AUGCGUCUGCGGCAAGAUUGUGGCCAGGAUCGUCCGCAUCCACCUUCUCAGUCGCAUCAAGCUGCUGAGGUCCAGAAAUCCUCCCCAUUAAUCCCUCGAUCAGUGCUCUAUGUCGAUUUGUCAGCUCUUAUAGGAGGCUUAUAUGUGUACUUCAGUCCACAACUGAAAGAUGAAAGAUACAUUCUUCCUGGAAAGAAGUUUUAUACUAGUUCAGGAAAGAAAGGAACUGAAUAUGGAUACAAAGGAGCAAAAGAAACAAAUGGUUGGCUAAAUCUAUAUCCCCAGGAGUAUUUUGACAUGAAUCCCUAUUUUAAUGACAAGCCUUUGCCCAUGAAACUACCUCCAGAGAUGCCAGUUGCACCACCUUUCAAACCAAGUUCUGCAAAAAAGGUUAGUGGUAUGAAAGGAGGCACAUUUGAUCCUUACCUAAGGCAUUCUGCUGAUCUUUGCUGAUCAAAAUCUAAAGCUGGCAUAAAAAAUUAAGAACAAGUGAUUUUUCAUCAUCUUUCUGGAUCUAAAAGCAGACCUGCUACAAGCAUAAUAACUUUGAAUGUGACAAAGUAAGCUGCUUUAAUUGGAGUUCUUGUUUUAUGUGUGCUGUCUAUCAAAAGUGAUUAGCACAGCUGUUUAUU